GCUCUCUUCAUCAUAAGAUCAUUGGAAUUGGCAUCAACUGAUUUCUCAAUGCUAUCCCUUUGAGAUUCCCUUGGUGAGCACAAAGAACAUGUUAAAAAAAAAAAGGGGAGAAAUGCAAUGAUGGAGAUAAGUGAGUUGAAAAGAGUUUUGUGGAUUUGGAUCAUUAAGAUGGAAGAGUGAUGGGUGGUAGAAGCUAGGGAGAACCAGGUUGCUUAAAAGAAAGGAAAACUGACCUAAGUCAGGAAUAAAGAAGGUCAAAGUUCCUAUAGUGAAAUCAGGCACAUAAGUAGCCUCUGUACCUAGUGAAAAUGGAGAGACUUGAUCUUUGAAACAAAAUGGAGGGACAGCUAAGUGGUCCUAGCAUAGGCCUUAGAGUCAGGAAGCUCUGAGUUCAAAUCCAGUUUUAGGCACUUGUCACUAUUAGGUGUAUGUCUCUGGGCAAGUCACUUAAUCUUUUUUCUUUUGAAGGAAAGAAGGAAGGAAGGAAGGAAAGGAAGAAAGAAGGGAGAAAGGAAAGAAAAGAGGAAAAAAUGACUUUCAUUUAUUUGGAAGAAUCCGUUUCUUAUUCAGUUCUUCAACAGCUCCUUGGACAGUGUUCAGCAACCCUAAAUAACAAAAACAAUGGCUGCAAACAAGAAUAAAAACCAGAGUUCAUUAGUUCUUCACAAAGUGAUCAUGGUUGGCAGUGGAGGGGUGGGAAAAUCUGCACUUACCCUUCAGUUCAUGUAUGAUGAGUUUGUAGAAGACUAUGAACCUACAAAAGCUGACAGUUAUAGAAAAAAAGUGGUCCUCGAUGGAGAAGAAGUACAGAUAGACAUUCUGGAUACAGCUGGACAAGAAGAUUAUGCAGCUAUUCGAGACAACUACUUCCGUAGUGGGGAGGGGUUUCUCUUAGUUUUCUCCAUAACAGAACAUGAAUCCUUUACAGCCACAGCAGAAUUCAGGGAACAGAUUCUGCGUGUUAAGGCUGAAGAAGAUAAAAUCCCUUUGCUUGUGGUGGGAAACAAAUCUGACUUGGAAGAGCGGAGACAGGUACCCAUUGAAGAAGCCAGAAGUAAAGCAGAAGAAUGGGGUGUCCAGUAUGUAGAGACAUCUGCCAAAACUAGAGCCAAUGUAGACAAGGUAUUCUUUGAUUUAAUGAGAGAAAUAAGAGCAAAGAAGAUGUCAGAAAACAAAGAUAAAAAUGGCAAAAAAAGCAGCAAGAACAAGAAAAGCUUUAAAGAAAGAUGCUGUUUACUGUGAUUACUGAGGAGGAUCAAAUCUGUCAGUUGUCACUGAGGACAUAGAGCUGGAUUCAUGAAAGGAAGACUAUUUCUUUAGUUGUACUUUCGUUUCUUUUAACCUGAUUCAUGCAUUAUUUCUUUAAAUGGGGAAAAAAAAAGGAUUUGUAAAUCAGUCAACAGCUGGCAGAAAAAAAAUGACCCAUAUUCCCUGGAAUGGAACAGCUCUGUCAAUUUUUUUAAAAACUAAAAGCUUAAAAAAAAAAAAAAAAAAACUUAGUAUCACAGCCAGAAAAUAAUCCAAUGUUAAUUUUAAAAAUACUCUAUUGUAGCUUAUGAUAUUUUUCCAGUUUUUUAACCUUAAACCAUUUUAGUCAGAAAUUAAAAUUUUUUUGUUUUCUUUAGGUUUGGGGAAGGAAAACCAGACUUCCAUACACAGCAAUUUAACACUUAACCAUUUUAUUAAGGGCAUUCAGAAAUAAAUUACAAAGCAAAUUAUAAAGCAAAUGGUUUGAUUAUGUUUAAUGACUUAGUAAAAUUGAGUGACUUUUAUAGACAGAUUUUUCUUAGUAUUUCCCAGUAACUAAAAUGUAAAUAUGAGUUUUCUCAACUAGGUCAUUAUAAAGUUCAUAAACCUCAUUCAUACACACUUAAGGUAUGAAAUGUAAUCUGUUCUGGCUUUAUUUUUGUUUUUUUAAUAUUUAAAUAUUGGCUAGUUUUACCCUUAUUGUCUGGUUCUUCCCUAAGUGUUCUAAGAUUGUGUGAGAACUUUAAAACAAAAGUGCACUUUCUCAUACUUUACCUUUUGCAGCUUUUUAAUUAAAAAAUAAACAACCGUUCCACAACACACUUUAAAACUUCAUAUUUAUGCUAACUUCAUACACUCAUUGGCAUUAACAAUUUAACAAGCAUCAUUUUAUCCCCAGAUUAAUUGUCAUUAUUUAAAAAUUAAUACUUUUUUUUAGAGCACUGAUAAAACUCUCCUAUGCAUGUAGUAAAUGUUGCUGGUGCUCUACUUUUUGUUUCUUUACCUUGUGUAGUUUAAUACAAAUUCCUUGAAAGAAUGAUGAGCUACAGUUGUAAUUUAAAAUCAUGAAGCCUAGAGCCAGUGCCAGACAUUUUGCUACCUCUCACAGAAUUACUUAGUAAUUCUAAAUUUAAAUCAGAAAAACAGUGAGGAGAGUGAAGGUAGGUCACUGCCAUGUUCUCUGGUUGCAGUUUUUCAUAUAGUUUUCCUCUGACAGAUAUAUUAACAUUUAGAAAGAGAUUUUUAUUGGUGGAAGAAAUAAGGUUUUGUGUAGCUGUCCUACUUGCUGCUGCCAUAUUCCUAAGUUAAGCAAUCAUGCAAAUUUUACCAGAAGGAAGAAUAAUACGGUUAAAAAAAAAAGUCAAAAGUUAGCAGCCUUUUCUUUUCAGUAAAAAAUGAGACUUCAAGUGUAGGUGCCAAAAAGAAAAAAAGAAAUAACACUUUCUAUUUUAUUGUUACAGAAUUGUAAAGAUUAUGAUUUUGAUUUAGAAAACCAUCUUGUAUAACUUCCCAAUGAAUCAUGAACUUUUUUUUUGGAAUAAAAAAAAGAAAAAAACUUUUGAA